CUCUUUCUGUGUGAAAUGAAAUGAUGAGGAAUAUCUGGUAGCAGAGCAGUGAGCAAAAAGCAAAACGAAAAAAAAAGAAAAAGAAACGACGUCGUGAUUAUUCCCGGAAUUAAUGUUGGCGCUACAACGGACACGAUGAUCACCACUUUACUUUGCCACCAAAACCCUUCUCAUUCCUUUCAAAUAAAAAUAACACACUCACAGUGUUAAUGCAAUCGCCAUUAACGCCAAUGCCGGAUAUCACCGUCGAUUUCCGCGCUCCACCUCCCUCUCCGGUGGCUUCCGGCCGGAGUUCCACCGUCACCAACGACGACGUUUUGACGGAGUUUUUAGAGGCCUCGCUCCGCGUCCCCGAUCUUGUAUUGCCCGACAAGAUCUUCCCCAAACAGAACCACCUCGAAGCACCUCCCGAGGUUGAUUUCGUCUCCCUCUGCUUUCACUGCGACGACGCUCUCCGCGACAUCGUUUCCGACUCGCUGGCCAGAAUCGGAUGCUUCCAGCUUCUCAACCACGGAAUUCCAUUACAGCUCAUGACCGCGGUCGCGGAGGCCGCCGCCGGAAUCUUUCAAGUGCCACCAGCGAAUAGAGUGUCGGCCACAAGGUCGCCGGAGAAGCCCUGGGGGUUCGAGGAGUAUCACGCUGGAGAGGAAGAAGGCGAUGGGAGUGAAGAAUUCGUGUGGUGCAACGACCACGAGUUGAAGUCAAAAAUGGAUGGAAUUUGGCCAAUUGGAUAUCCAAAUUUCAGUGAGAAGAUGGAAAAGCUGAAGUCACGCAUAGAGAUGGUGGGUAGGAAAAUGUUGGGUGUGAUAUUGAAGAAGGGGAGCAUAGAAUUUGUGGGUAGUGGGCAUGAGGUUGGGACACUUUGCUGUGUUUACAAGCAUCGAAGAGAUGAUCAUAGCAUUAGCAGCUCGUUGAAAUAUGAUGUGAUUAGAAUGCUGAUUAGGGGAACCGAUUACUCCCAUUCAUUGUGCUUCCAUGUUUGUAAUGGAUCUUCACAGUUUCACGUUUACUCCAAGAAAAGUUGGCUCUCUUUCUUCCCUCAGCCAGGUGCCCUUAUUGUCACCGCUGGAGAUCAAACCCAGACAUUCAGUGGUGGAGAGUACAAGCACGUGAUUGGAAGGCCAAUCUUUAAAGGAGAGAAAGAAGAGACCAUUUCAAUGGCUUUCCUCUAUUCUACUCAAACCACCAAGGACAAUUUUCAAACCAGUAGGGGAAGAACUAUUUCACUUGGCCAGCAAGCCAUCUUGGCUUUAAUUCUGCCCCUUGUGUACCAUGUCAUCAAUUUUUUCUACAAAAAACUUAAUUAAAACGUAUAAUACACAUCCAUAGUAUACCUCGAGUUCACAAACACUCUUGUACACUUGCCACUCUUAGGGUCUAUAGUUACAGCCCUUAUUACUUGUUCCCAAACAUGGGACACUUGUACACCUUUACCAUGUUUGUCCCUUUCCGAGUGUUAAUACUUUUUUGGCUUUAAUUUUUCAAAUCGAGGUUAUUGUAACCAUUUUCACAAAACUAGAGUGGAGGAUUUUAGUUUAUCUGGCAUUUCA